AUGCUACCGUCCGCGCAGUCUCUCCACCACCAGGUCGCACCAGAUGCCGCACAACCCGUCGAGGGCCACGAUGGGGACCGCAUCACUCGCCGCCGUCCAACCUAUACCUGUAUUCGCUGUCGUGCUCGCCGCGUCAAGUGCAACCGGGCGCAGCCAGCGUGCUCGAAUUGUGUAAAGGCAAAUGUGCAAUGUAUUCCUCCGAAUCAACCGACCAGCAUGCUACGGCCCUCGUGUUUCCCACAGCAGGCGCGGCGCACACGGCGGCAAGAAGAUAGUCGAGCCCGUUUGCAGCGACUAGAGGAGAUGGUGGAACGCUUGUCGGCAGAAGUCGAACGUCACUCUUCAGGCACUCAGGGUGAUGCUGGGGAAGAUGAUAGGGGCCAGGAUCAAGUUCUAGCUUCGCCGAUAGCAGGUGAACUGAGAGGGAUGGUUGUGCCUGGUCCGCGGUCGAGAUAUUUCAGUCCAUUUUCAUGGGUGUCGGUAUCGGAAGAAAUUGAAGAUAUCCGACAUCUGUUGGAACAUCAGCAUAUCGAUGCUCAAGACUCUCUCCCGAUGCACCCAGGCAAUACCAUUCCUUCCGCGUUCCCGGCCUUAACGCCUUCAGACAUAUCGAGCAUGCCUGCACCUAGUGAACCACUUUCUACUACCCUGGUUCAACUAUAUCUGACUCACGUUGACCCUCUCAUCCGCAUCAUCCACGUCCCUUCAUUUCUGGACCAACUCCACCAGCAUCGACAGGCGCACCACUAUCAUUUCACACGCCAUGUCUCAACCAUGUCUCCGACCGUUUCAAUGGGCGUCUCACCAUUCUCCUCCAAUGGACUUCAAUUUUCGACAGGCACCUCGAGUCCCACAACGACCGACUCCGACCAGGAUCAUCGACGCACUCGAGCAUUUGACGCGCUUCUCUUCGCAGCCUACUAUGCGGCAGCUUCAUCCACUGUCAACGAUGGUGCAGCUCUGGCUUCUCUCAUUGAGGCCGGAUUGGAUGUGAACGAUCUGGCGACGAGAUUCAAACGCUGUGCUGAGAUCGCUUUGGACGAUGCCGACUUUGUUCAGAAUGAGACACUGGAAUCGCUACAAGCCGUCGUACUUCUACUAUCGGUAACUGCUCGUGGGUCAGACCCAAGGACACCCUGGAUUCAGCUUGGCCUUGCGAUUCGGAUCGCCCAGGCAAUGGGUAUUCAUAGGGAUGGCUCGCACUACGGUCUGAAGCCUGUCGAGACCGAAGUCCGGCGAAGACUGUGGGCCCAGAUAUGUCUCCUUGAUUUGAGAACUGCGGAAGAGCUAGGCUGCGAGCCCACCAUUUUGGAAGGCACUUAUGAUACACGUCUACCUACUAGCAUCUCGGAUUACGAGCUGAGUCAACUUGAACUUGAAGGCUCGAUCGCGAGACACCCAAAUCAAGAUAUGCCACAGCAGCUCCCAGCUGACUCGAUGCAAGGUUACACGACUACAGGCUCCUAUCUAAACUCGCUUCAGUGGGGCGAGGCAAGUACUAUUCCCGCGGCUACUAGGGGACGACGAGUCUCUAACACCGUCAAUUCAUCUCCUUCUACAUUCUCAGAUAUGACAUUUUCAUUAAUUCGAUACGAGGCCGCCAGGCUAUUCGGAAAACUCCUCUCUCCAAAAUACCAAUUGGACGACUCGACCUUCGACAGCGCAUCAAACAGCGCUCGGAUAAAUGGCAACGGAGCCAGUCAAGAUAAGAACGUAUGGGUGAACCAGCUGGAAAGAAAAUUCACGCAAGUGUACAACGUGCAGAUGUUGGACGAUUCCGAUCCAAUGCAACGCAUGACGGCCGAGCUUUCCAAGCUGCUCAUAAGCAAGGCAAGGCUUCUCGUAAGUCUUCAAGAAUGGAAAGAUUCAUGUCGUGAAAUGCCGAGAUCAGAUCGCGAAGGGAAGCGAGAUAGACUAUUCAACGACGCAACCGCGAUCAUAGACCAGACUAUCACCCUUGCGGAGGAGUCCACACAUUCGAACUGGCUGUGGUACGUGAACACUUUUACCGAAGUGUAUGCUUCAACCUUUGUUGUCUUCAACCUUGCCCAGGGAGGAGUGUCGCCCGAGUGUGCCGACAGAGCCUGGCGGGCAAUUGACCGCCUCUUCCCGACCACCGAGAUGCAAAUGGAUGGUGGCCAGUUGUCGCCUUUCCAGAGGCUCCUUGCGCUAGCGAGAGCGAGACACCGCGAUCGGACUCUCUCAAGAGUCAAUAACGUAGGUGCAGCAAACGAAGGCCUAGCGGAGGGGUUUGUGGGAGAUCCCGUCGAGGGGCAGCCACUGUGGACGUCUGAUCUCCUUAGAGAGCUGGAUUUAACGCUCGCGGAUCCAUUUUGGCUCAAUCCAUACGCGGGCGAGACGAUACCAAAUAAUGCGUUCUUCUAUAGCUAG